AAUUAAGGAUACAUAAAACACAACACAUAAAGCAAGCUAGCUAGCGAGGUAGCGAAUUGAAAUUAAUAAUAAUUAUUUGAAAUAUAAUUAAUAUGAUGAGGAGCAACGGGAAGCAUGAAAAUGGCAGAGUGAAAAGCGAGGAUCGAAUUGGAAGCAGGAAAUGGGUUCCGAAGCGCAUAAUUCUGGUGCGCCACGGGGAGAGCUUUGCGAACGCGGAUGUAAAGGUGUUCAGCACCACCCCCAACCACAUGAUCAAGUUAAGCCCAAAGGGCAUCGCCCAGGCCCGCAACUGCGGCCAUUUGAUCAAGCAAUUGGUCUCCCAGGAGGAUGAUGAGGAUUGGAAGGUGUUCUUUUACGUGUCCCCCACUGCCCGAACUGUGGAGAGUCUGAGAGAGAUGGGGCUCGCAUUCCCCAAGCGUCGGGUGGUGGGCGUCAAGGAGGAGCACGCCCUCAGAGAGCAGCAUUUUGGCAACUAUAAUGACCCCCCAGCUAUAUACCGGAUUAAAGAUGAAAGAACCACCUAUGGGAGGUUCUUUUACAGGGUUCCCGGAGGUGAAGCAGGCUGCGAGGUUUAUGAUCGAAUUUCAAGUUUUGUUGAAGGUUUGAAGAGGGAUAUAGACGCAAACAAGUUCGGGCGGGGGGUGGAUGAUGAUGAUGAUCCGGCAAUUCCAAGUGAAUCGUCGCUGAACCUGGUAAUCGUAUCCCACGGAUUCACGGCCCGCGUGUUUCUGAUGAAGUGGUUCAACUGGACGGUGGAGCAAUUUGAGAAGCUGAACAGAAUGAAAUCGUCAGAGUUUCAAGUGCUGCAGCUGGGGAAAGGAGGAGGAGAGUACAGCCUGGCUAUUCACCACGACGAUGCCAAACUCAUGGAGUGGGGACUUUCAGCUGAGAUGAUUGAGGACCAAAAGCGGAGAGCCGCAGGGGGGGAAUUGGAACACAAAUAUUGCCAAUGGGACACCCACCGUUUUCUGCACCUCUUCAGAGAUUCAUCAGAUUCCGAGGAUGAUGAUGAUGAGCAAAACGCCCGCAGUUGAUCGAAAUCCAGGCAGGAAUUUACGUUGAUUGUUGAUGUGGUAUUGUGGUGUCCGUGUCCCUAUACCUAUUAGCUAAUAGCUGCUAGCUUCUAAUAAUAAAUUUACCUGCUGCACUCUGCUGUUGUAUCUUCCUUCAAUUCACCCCUAUUAUUCAAUAAACUUGCAUCUUCAAUUCAUUUUA